CCAACUGCACUAAUUAUAAGAACAUUUAUAAAGUGGUGGAGUUACGAGUUGAGUGAAACAAUGGCGUAAGUAGUCGGUAGGUCUGGAUGUGCGGAUUAUAAAGAGUGUCGUCGAUUUGAUAAAUUAUUUCGACGAUAGGAAAGAAAUGUCGAACCGUGAUCCGGACAAUUUGAUGGCCACGAACGAUGAAAAUUUUGAUUACUUGUUCAAGAUUGUGCUCAUUGGCGAUUGUGGGACAGGAAAAACAUGUGUUGUUCAAAGAUUUCGAUCUGGUACAUUUAUCGAGAGGCAUGGAAACACAAUUGGUGUAGACUUUUCCAUGAAGACUGUACUAAUCGAUGACAAGAAAGUUAAGUUGCAAAUAUGGGAUACAGCUGGCCAAGAAAGAUUUCGUACAAUAACCCAAAGUUACUAUAGAUCUGCUAAUGGUGUUAUUGUAGUUUAUGAUAUUACAAAGAGAUCUACAUUCUUAAGCUUACAACAUUGGGUAGAAGAAGUACGAAGGUAUACUUCAUCACAUGUGUUAUUAAUUUUAGUUGGUAACAAAUGUGAUUUAGAAAGUCUACGAGAGGUUGAGAAAGGAGAGGCAGAAGCUCUUUGUCAAUAUCUUCCUGAAGUGUUACAAGUGGUAGAAACAUCAGCCAAAGAGAAUACCAAUAUAGAUUCUGUAUUUUUCUACCUGGCAGCAGAACUUAAAAGAAGACAUGAAAAUCGUCAAAUAAAUGCUAAUGAAGAUGAAGUUGUUAGACUUGGUGCAAGUAGAAAAUUGUCUUCUUGUUCAGGUUGUCCAUACAAAAUAUUUUAGGUAGUGGUUUAUAAACAAAUGAUAUACAUAUCUUUACUAUGUUUAAAUUUGUAUAUAAAAUGGAAAAGCAAUGUACAAUAUUUUUAUAACUAUCCAAAUAAUGUGAUAUUAAAAGAAAUUAAUUAUAUUGUUAAUAAUGACAGAAUAGUAAUAAUUGUGCUACAAAGCCAGUAUUUUGUGACCAUUUGAUUAUGGAACAGGAACUCAUUAUGGAUUUUGUAUUAAUCUGAAAAAUUACUAUUCUCUCUUUAUCUGCUAUUUCACUAGAGACUUAAGAUCGAGUAUUUUAAACGUAUACAUUUGUAAAUACAAAUGCUUAGAUUUCAUAAUA